CGGUGAACAUUUACAAGAAUGGGACAAAUUUAUCAGCGAUAGUUGCUAAGUAUUGACAACCUUUGAAAACAAAUGAUACGGCUGUCUGGUAUCUUAGUUAUUAUACCAGCAGUAGGCCUAUUAAAUGAGGGUAUCUGGAAUUGCUAUAUUACAUAGAAAAAGCAGAAAAGCGAAUAAAUCAACUGAUAGGCCUAUUGCGUCUGUAAAACGUAAGGACGACGAAACACUGAUUUGACACUUGUUUUUCCAUCAUCUGGUAACUGUUUUGACCUUGGCUUGUGUUUCAACCAAAACCUCUCGGAUUUCACUAUGACUCAAAUACCCAAUUACACCAAAAUAACGUACAAAACGAAACCUAGGCCUCUAGUGUUUACGACCAAAGAGAUAGAAACCGCCCAGUUUGAUCCUGAAAGGCGUCGAAAACGGCUUUUUUCGCUCGUUCAGAUGUUCAAUGGCGAAGCUAAAAGGCAGGGUAGAAUGGCACAGGACACGUUCUCAACAUGGGGCAAUGUUCGUGACAAUUUAUCCAUCCCAUUUUCAUCUAGACGACAUUCUGAGGGAUACGCAAUGAUUAGUCGACGUGACUACAUACUCUCGGAUGGCAACGGAGCAAGCGGUUUCGGAGGGGAGAAACGAUUCUCUCAACCAAGGGAACAUAGCGAAACCUUUGCCAACCGCCGCACCUCAGUUGUCGGUGGGCUUCUUGGGACUGCUGCUUUCAAACGGCAAGUGUUAAGAAAACCAGUUAACCUAAAAAGACGGCGGCAAUUGUAUAUGAAAUUCAAGAUGCUCGGCCGACUCACUAUUCUACUUCAUAGAAUGUGUAGACUCCAUUUUCAAGAACUACAAGACGACGAAGAAGAUUCGAAUGCAAUGACAUUUGCUCAAAUUGCAUUCCACGGCAAGCGUGACCCCAGUGUUGACCUCAUGUUUGAUGUGAGUAAAUUCAAAGCUAACAAAGAGUACCGAAUAUCAUCUGAUGCUAAAACAGUAAUGAAGACACAUCCAAAUGAACGCACUGAGGAGGACAUACAUGUUAUCCAGCGCACCCUUCUAGACCUCAAGUCAUUUGCUGAGUAUCCAGUGAAGAUGCAGCUGAAAGUAGCGAAAGUGGGCUGGUUCCAAACUUUUAAUCCAAAGCGCGUCAUCAUCCGGGAAGGUCAUCCACCCCAGUCGUUCUACUUCCUACUUUCAGGAUCAGUUUUGAUAACUUCAAGUAAUGCUUCGUCCACGACCAAUUCAAAGUCAAUUUCUGUACUGAAGAGAGGAAGCAGCUUUGGAGAUCUAGCUAUUCUCCAGAAUACUAAACGCUCAUUUACAGCAACAGCGAGCGAGAAAGUUGAACUUUUCUGCAUUUCAAAAAAGGACUUUAUCAGAAUUUUUAUGGCAGGCGGAGAAAAGAAACUCCAAGAUCCUGAACUAGGCGAAUUCAUCAGAAAUUUGGAAAUCUUGAAAAACUGGCCAAUUCAGUUAUUGGAGGAACAUCCUGAAAAGUGCAUGUUCAAUUAUUUCAAACGGGGAACUCUACUUAUUGAGAAUAGUAACACAAGUGAUAAGAUUUUCAUUGUUAAAUCUGGAAGUUGUACAGUACUGAAGAAACUAAGAUGUACAACACCCGCAACAACCGUGAAGGAAAGUGGUCGAGACGACGAAGUCACCGGGACUGAUGGUGAACGAGAGAUCGAAUUAACCCAUAGGCAGUUGAUCGAACAGAAAGAAAGGAAGUUUUUACGGCGGAAAAUGAAAACCAUAAAGAAAAUGAACAUGUCAAUAUACGAACGAGGACUGAACCUCCCCCUUUUGCAUACGAAAGACAUUGGAGGUGGCGGAGUGCGCGACAGGUCGGGAUCAAUACUAUCUACGAUUUCUGAGCGUGAAUCUGUAAUGUCACAUGACUACAUACUCCGCGACGAUUUCAUUGACGAAUCAUUUUCAGGUCAUUCAUCACGUGGUUACUCUACAUCACCAGACGAUCUUAGGCGUAUCAAUCCAUAUAUCUCGCGAGUUUCAAGCAGUUCUAAUGACUUUGACAAGGGUAACUCUGUCGAUAAAUCCAUUUCUGAACAGUCUCAGACUUUCUACACAGAGAGACAACAUCCACAUACAUGCCGAGAAAAGAAAACUGUCGAAUCAUGGUUAUCGAAGUUGCCGUCAGAACAUCGUAUUUUUAGCGAAAAUAAAUACAAGAUUGAUGAAGAUAAAAAUAGUUUGUCAACGCGCCGACAGCCGGAACCUCCUCACAUCAAUGUCAUUCCAGAUCAAGAUAUUAAGGCACCAUUGCCACCACUCUCAAGUGAUUUGAAAGACCAUUCAAACUCAGCAACGUCAGUGUGGAGUAAAGUUUCCAAAACGUCAAAGGCGAAAAAUCGGUUCGUAUUUGUGGAAGUGCAAAAACUACAGAAAGGAGGGAUAUUUGGUCUUACGAACGAUUUAUUUGGUAAUCAACCAAACCUGAGCUUGGUCAGCGAUGGGGCUGAGUGCUUGGUUCUCUCUAAACAGUUCUUUCUUGAUAAUGCUUCGGACUUUCAGAUACACACAAUACGUAUUGCAGGCGUCCCAUAUCCCACCGACCAAGAGAUGCAAGUUAAUCUGGAGCGACACGAGGCAUGGAAAACAUAUCGGGACAAAACUCUUAAAGAGGUCAUCGAUGAUGUCACGUCAAAAAAGCGAAAGAAAAAUACACAUUUAUUACCAGUUUUCUAAUCACAGAAGAUGGAACAGUUUUAUAAACAUUUACAAACCAUAAUCACUGAAAAUUAAAUUUCUAAAGAAAGCUAUUACUAUUAAUACCGUACCGUAUAUAAUACAUUGUAGACCUACUUUUCUUAAUCUCAUAAUAAUUUAAACGAUUGAAUGCUGGAAUUUAGAGAUAUAAAUAUGAAAUUGUUUAAGCUUCUUUGAUUUGUUUCUGUCAUGAAGUGGAAAAUAAAUAAAGUUGCGUUGAGAACCGUGUCAUAAAACGAACACCGACGGAGCCAAAAAACAAACUUACACACUAACAUCAUCGGAUUGAGAGUAAAUUGGUUAACGACUUCGUCAACAUGGCAAAGAAGCGACAUAAACGUACGAAUCUUAUCUAAAGUUUAGUAUUCUUGAAUUUAACUUUUAUUUAUUUAACUUUGUUUUAUUAGGUCACAACAUAGGCCUAUAUGGUGUCUAGAAAGGACUGGUGGAGGUGGUACACUCUUGUUAUUUGAAUAUGUUUUUCAUUUUUGCAAUAUUAUUUCUUGUGUGCUGAAGUUGUUUCUAAUGAUGAAGAUGAUAAUAUUGAUGACGAUUACGCCGCCAUCGCCAGCAUGACUAUGACGACGACAGCCGAAGAUGGUCAUGAUGGUGACAAUGACGGUAAUGAUGAAGGAUGAUGACGGUGAUGGUGUUGAGGAGGAUUUUCAUUUCUGCCCUAAUGAUUAUAAGUUUGUUAUGCUGAUGUCAUCUGAAAAUAAAGCUACAAUAUUAAAA